AUGAAAGCGAUGGGUAAUGAAUGGGCAGCUGAUUUUACAUUUCCAUUACUUAAUUUGGUUAACCAAAAUGCUUCUAUUGAAAUAGCAUUUUUAAAAGCUCAGGAAAUAUGUCAUGAAAAUAAAAAUAUGAAAAAAUGUCUUAAUAAAUGUACCAAAUCGGAUGAAAAAAAAUUACUAUUACUUGGUUUAAAACCAUGGGAAGAUGUAUGUCGCAAUUUAAAACAAUUAAAACCCCACUUUGCAUGUUGGAGAGGAAAUAUAAAUUUUUUUAAAAUUUCAUGUCAAAAUGAAAAUAAAAAUUUAACGAUGCAUUUAGGAGAUUUUUCAAAAAACAAGAGUACAUCAUUCAUUAAAAUUAUUUGUUUAUCAUUUGAUAAAUUAUCUAAUUGUUCUUUAUUUGAAUACAAAAAAUAUUGUGGUAAUUCGACGACAAAUUUAUUAAAAAAAUUUUAUCAAACAAGCAAGUAUGCCGUAAAUGAUAUGUUAAAGGUUAAAUUUACCACUAUACCUGAAGAAUGUGAAAAUGAGGAUGAUAGAAAAUUUAUUGAAUCUUUGGAAGAAAAUUGUUCCAUUAAUAGACUAAAAUUUGAAUUUUUAUCUUAUAUUAUAAUGAUUUUUUUUAUCUUAAUAUUUCUUUUGUAA